AUGGAUCGGGGAGCUUCUCGAUACCAGAGUGAUCUGAAUCGACCUCUGGCCAACCUCCAAAGCUCCUCCGGCAAUCCCUAUGGACCGUCCGGCUAUUCCCAGGGCUCCUCGGGUUACCUUAACUCGCAGGGAUUUGCAGCAGGCUCCGCUGGUCAGCACUACAGCAACGUCGGGAGGGUUGAGGGAGGCGGGCUGGGAGGUGCAAACCCUAGCAUGGCUGCACCCGUGUCCCCGUUCCAGAAUGCGUACGGCCAGCAGCAGCAGCAGGCACAGCAGGUGCAGCAGCAGCAGCAGCAGCAGGAUUCCAAUCAGCUGAGGUACCAAUACUUGAACCAGCAGCAAAUGCAGCAGAACCAGCAGCAGGAGCAGCAACGGCAGUACCAGCAGCAACAGCAGCAGCAGCAGCAGCAGCAGCAGCAGCAGCAGCAGCAGCAGCAGCAGCAGCAGCAGCAGCAGCAGCAGCAGCAGCAGCAGCAGCAGCAGCAGCAGCAGCAGCAGCAGCAGCAGCAGCAGCAGCAGCAGCACCAGCAGCAGCAGCAGCAGCACCAGCAGCAGCAGCAGCAGCACCAGCAGCAGCAGCAGCAGCAGGAGCACCUUCAGCAGCAGCAGCAGCAUAAGCUGCAGCAGGUUGGGUCAGGAGCUGUGGCGAUGCAGGACGCCAAUGCCUUGUGGGAGCGGAUCGAGGGGUUAGAGGCGGAUCUACGGAGUGCACGGCUGGAGGCAGCGAGGGCGAGGGCUGCUCUGGAGGCGCAGGAGCACAGAUGCGCUGGGCUGAUGGAGGAUGUGCGUCGGCUGGAAUCCGACAGAGCGCUGCUAAAGAAGCAAGUGGAUGCGUUUGCUUCUCAGCUGCAUCUCACCAACUCGCAGCUGGCUCAGGCGCAGGCAGCUCUGCAGGCAGCAGAGGAGAAGAGCAAGGCGCACUCCAGCCAGUCGGAGGAGCAGACAGCAGCACUGCGCAAGGCAGUGGAGGCAGCAGGCAUUGAGAGGGACGCGGCCGUGCUCGCCAAGGAGGACCUGGCAUCCCAGGUGCGGGUGCUGAAGAGACGACUGCAGGAGGCAGAGGAGGAGCAAUGCAAGGCAGAAGAGGCAUCGGCGGCGCUAGCAGCAGAGCUGAGGGCGCUGCAGCACUCAACAGAGGCCACAGUGGAUCGGGCAGGUGCGGCAUUUGCUCCCGACCCUGACCAGCUCAGGGUUGCCGAAGCUGCCAGAGAUGCCGCCAAGGCUGAGCUGCAGGACCUGCGCCAGGAGCUGACAGGCAUGCGGCAGCAGCUGAUAGCGGAGAGGCAGAGGGCGGCAGCAGUGGCUGGAGGGAAGGAGUCGGUUGAGAAGCAACUGGCAACCGUGCAGGCGAGUCUUAAGGAGGCAUUGGAAGCAGAGGAGAGGCUCAAGAUCAAUGCAAAGGCAGAAGUUCGACAAGAGGUGGAACGGGACCUCAGGUCCGACAUCGAGGCGGAAGUUCGGCAGAAGCUGGAUGCGGAGGUCCGGGAAGCGGCUGAGGCUGAGGCUCGGAAGGAGAUGGAAUCCGAGGUUCGGCAGGACGUGGAGGGGAAGGUUCGGAAGGAUCUUGAAGUGGAGGUUCGGGAGAAGUUGAAGGCAGAGGUUCGGGAGGAGCUAGGAAGGGAAGCUGGGAGAAGUGCUGAGGAGGACUCAAAGGCCAACCGUCAAGGAUUGGUGGAUGUGGGAACUCAAGCGUCGUCUGUGAGCGAGGAGGCUCGGAAAGAGAUCGAGGCAGCCGCUGUGGCUCGGACGCGGCAGGAAGUGAAGGAAGAGGUUCGAAAGGAGCUUCGGAACGAGGUUGAGAAGCAGGUCCGGGAAGAGGUGACUGAGAAGGUUCGGAAUGAGGAGCAAGGGCAGGAGAAGGGUCGGCAGCAGGGGCGGCAGCAGGGGCGGCAGCAGGGGCGGCAGCAGGGGCAGGAGAAGGUGCGGGAGAAGGGGCGGGUGCAGGGGGAGGAGAGGCAAGUGAAAAGGGAGGAGGCACAGAAAGCAGAAGUAGAGCGGGGUCAACUGCAGCAGCAGUUGGAGAAGCUACAGGUGUCUCUGGCUAAGAAGGAGAAAGCGCGGCUGAGACUCCUGUCUGAGGUGGAUUCCCAGUCGCUCCAGAUAGAGAGACUAUUUGCGGAGAACUCAGGGCUGGCAGCGGGGCUCAAGGAGGUCUCUGCCAUUGCCGCCCGCUGGGAGGCUCAGGUGAAUGCAACAGAGGCUCAGGCUCCAUUCUCCCUUUCUUCCCUACCCACCUGGUCCAUUCUUGUCUGGAUGCCUUUCUUUUCCAGGCUCCAUUCUCCCUUUCUUCCCUACCCACCUGCAAGUGGGGAAGAGAAUGGGGAGGUGGUGGUGGGUCUGCAGGGGGAUGGCGUGAAGAUGGAAGGGUCAGGAGCGGUGGAAGGUGGUGGAGAGGAAAGGGCAGGGAAUGAGGAUGGGGAGAAGGAGGAGGUCGGGGAUGGGGCUAGAGGUGGGGAGGAUGGGGGAGUGGGGCAGAGGAGGGGAGCGAGUGUGGAUAUGAUUGGCGGGAAAUCCAUGGAAGUUCUGGAGGAAGAGAACAGGAAGCUCAAGAACAAGAAGUUGAAGGCCAUCAGGAGUGAGAGUAGAGAGGGGCGAUUCAACUCACCCUCCUUUCCCUCCAUCCAUUGCUAUCUUUCACCACCCUCGCCACCACCUGUCUCUGACCCUGUCUACCCCACUCUGCCCCUCUCUACCCCACUCUUUCCCCCUCUUCUCCUCUCUUCCCCUCUCUACCCCACUCUUUCCCCCUCUUCUCCUCUCUUCCCCUCUCUGCCCCACUCUGGCCCUCUCUGCCCCUCUCUACCGCUCUCUGCUCUCCUUCCUUCCCCACUACAGGACGAUCUCACUGCCGCCCAGAACCGCAUCCGCCAGCUGUCAGUGCAGGCGCUGCGCUCCGAUGCCAGCUGCACCACGGCCGUCCAGAGGCUGGCUCAAACCAAGCGGAUGUGA